AUGUCGGCGUCUGUGUUGUCGGUCAUCUCGCGUUUUUUAGAAGAGUACUUGAGCUCCACUCCUCAGCGUUUGAAGUUGUUGGACGCAUACCUCCUGUAUAUACUGCUGACCGGAGCGCUGCAAUUCGGUUAUUGUCUCCUCGUGGGGACCUUCCCCUUCAACUCCUUCCUCUCGGGCUUCAUCUCUUGUGUGGGGAGCUUCAUCCUAGCGGUUUGUCUGAGAAUACAGAUCAACCCACAAAACAAGGCGGAUUUCCAAGGCAUCUCCCCAGAGCGAGCCUUUGCUGAUUUUCUCUUUGCCAGCACCAUCCUUCACCUUGUUGUCAUGAACUUCGUUGGCUGA